CUCUCUCUCUCUCUUUUAAAUUCUUUUUUUCCACAUCUUCGUUCCCUUUUUCACGCCAGAUUUCAAAACCAUCUUCAACAAUUUGCCGCCAUUUCCUUCCAUUCGUGAAACUCCACUCCAACACACACCUACAACCCAUCUUCCCCUUUUCUUUUGCCUCUCUCUCUUUCUGUUUCGAUUUUCAUUUCAGAUUACAGCAAACGAUCUAACGGACGAAAAAAAGAUUCAACAUCUUCCAAUGGACUGUCUGGAUUUGGCUGGUUGCUAAGAUCAGCUUUCGAUAAGGGAUCGACAUUAAGGCCUGGGAGCCGCGCAGUUGAAUCCAGCCAUGUCGGAUAUUAGGAAAUGGUUCAUGAAACAAAAUGACAAGGGCAAUGCAAAUGCAACAAAGCCCACGAAACCUGCUGCAACCACCUCAUCGCCUGAGAAACCGUCCCCUCCUGUGGCACAAUCCGGCAAAGCUACACAUGGAGUUAAAGAAAGUGCGGGAAGAAGGAAAACUAGCAAGUAUUUUGCUUCUACAGAAUCCACUGCUAAACAAAAACCAAAAGAUGACAGGAAAGUUGAGAAAUCUCCAGUUAAAAGGAAGAAUCAGAAAAGCAGUGAGGAAUUAGAUGAUAUUGUGACACCCCCAUCUGCAAAAAAACUACAUAAAAGUAAUGGUGAUGAUGACUUUGUGUUGCCCAACGAGAAGAAGAAACCGGCUGAGGUCAGCCCUGCCAAGAAACUGAAGAGUGGGUCGGGUACAGGAGUUGUUCAGAAGUCUGUAGCUGUGGAUGGAGAUGACAAGGACUCUCUUGUUGAUAAAGCUGUUACAUCUCCUCUUAAAGCUCGUGGCAGGGGUGGGGGUGGGGGUGGAAGAGGAACAGGAGCAGCACCAGCAGCUGGAAGAGGGAGAGGGGGUGGAAGAGGUGGAUUCAUGAAUUUUGGUGAAAGGAAAGAUCCUCCUCACAAGGGAGAAAAGGAAGUACCAGAGGGUGCCCCUGAUUGUUUAGCUGGCCUGACAUUUGUGAUAAGUGGAACACUUGACAGUUUGGAAAGGGAGGAAGCAGAAGACUUAAUUAAACGCCAUGGUGGUCGCGUGACUGGAUCUGUCAGCAAAAAAACGAAUUUUCUUCUUGCUGAUGAAGAUAUUGGGGGACGGAAAUCUUCAAAAGCCAAGGAGCUGGGAACCCAAAUUUUGACUGAGGAUGGACUGUUUGAUAUGAUUCGCAAAUCAAAGCCUGCAAAAACAUCUAUUGAGGAUGAAUCAAAGAAAAGAACCACAGAAAAUGCGAAGAUGUCACAGGCAAAGAGCAGCCCUGUGAAAGUAGAAGUGAAGGAUGAUCAAGUCGGCAAGUCGUUGAUUAGAAAAUGCGCAGCAAAAGGUUCGGACUCACAUGCCUUGCCUGCCAAACGGAAAGCCCAAGCCAAUAUCCAUGAUUCGUUGACAUGGACGGAAAAAUACAAACCAAAGGUUCCUAAUGACAUUAUCGGCAAUCAAUCAAUUGUUAAGCAGCUUCAUGACUGGUUGGCCCAUUGGAAUGAACAGUUCUUGCAUAAUGACAAGAAGGGAAAGGCAAAGAAGCAAAGUGAUGUUGGAUCCAAAAAAGCUGUGCUUCUGAGUGGAUCACCUGGUAUUGGGAAGAGUACUUCAGCAAAGUUGGUUAGCCAGAUGCUUGGCUUCCAGAUAAUAGAGGUUAAUGCUAGUGAUAACCGUGGAAAGGCUGACUCCAAAAUUGCUAAAGGAAUUGGUGGAAGUACAUCAAAUUCUAUAAAAGAACUCGUCAGCAACGAAGCUCUGAGUUCUAACAUGGACUGGUCAAAGCAUCCAAAAUCUGUGUUGAUUAUGGACGAGGUUGAUGGUAUGUCUGCUGGUGAUAGAGGUGGUGUGGCUGAUCUUAUUGCCAGUAUUAAGAUUUCCAAAAUUCCUAUCAUUUGUAUCUGUAAUGACCGGUACAGUCAGAAGCUGAAAAGUCUUGUCAACUACUGUUUGCUUCUCAACUUCAGGAAACCUACAAAACAGCAGAUGGCAAAGAGGUUGUUACAAGUUGCAAAAGCAGAAGACCUUCAAGCUAAUGAGGUUGCACUUGAGGAACUUGCAGAUAGGGUUAAUGGAGACAUGCGUAUGGCAUUAAACCAGUUGCAGUACAUGAGCCUCUCACUGUCAGUCAUCAAAUAUGAUGACAUAAGAGCGCGUCUCCUUACUAGUGCAAAGGAUGAAGAUAUUUCACCAUUUACAGCUGUUGACAAGCUAUUUCAGUUUAAUGCAGGGAAGUUGAGGAUGGAUGAGAGGAUUGAUUUGAGCAUGAGCGAUCCUGAUUUGGUCCCUCUAAUUGUUCAGGAAAAUUAUAUCAAUUAUCGGCCAAGUUCCACUGGUAAGGAUGACAAUGGACUCAAGCGAAUGAACUUGAUUGCCCGUGCUGCAGAGUCUAUAGGAGAUGGCGAUAUAAUCAAUGUACAGAUUAGAAGAUACCGACAGUGGCAACUAUCUCAAACUGGUUCAUUUGCAUCUUGCAUAAUUCCUGCUGCUUUGAUGCAUGGCCAAAGGGAGACCUUAGAACCGGGUGAACGCAAUUUUAAUAGAUUUGGCGGAUGGCUGGGGAAAAACUCAACAACGGGCAAGAAUUUGAGGCUUUUAGAGGAUUUGCAUGUGCAUGUUCUUGCUUCGCGUGAAUCUAAUUCAGACAGGCGGACACUGAGACUUGAUUUCUUCUCUCUUCUUUUGAAACGGUUAACGGAUCCUCUUCGGUCGCUGCCUAAGGAUGCUGCAGUUGAAAAAGUUGUGGAGUUCAUGGAUGCUUACUCUUUAAGUCAGGAGGACUUUGACACUAUUGUGGAGUUAUCCAAGUUCAAGGGGCAACCAAAUCCCUUAGAAGGCAUUCAGCCGGCAGUUAAGGCUGCAUUGACAAAAGCAUACAAGCAGGGCAGCAGUUCACGUUCUGUAAGGGCAGCGGAUUUAAUCACUCUUCCAGGUGUGAAAAAGGCUCCAAAGAAACGGAUUGCAGCGAUGUUAGAACCAGUGGAGAAUGGUUUACCAGAGGAAAACGAUGAUGCUUUGGCAGAAGGUGAUGAAGAGAACUCUUCAGAUACAGAAGAUCCAGAUGAAGAUAUUAAUGGUGAGCUGACGCCUCAGCUGGAUCUCCAGAGUAACAAGUCAAAAGGUAUUCAAGUGCAUCUGGACUUGAAAAACAGUGGGAGUACAAGUGCAAAGAAGACGCCGGCAAGCAAAUCUAGAGGUUCUAAGUCGGCAGAGAAGGCUGGGCGGGGUUCGGGACCCGCCAAGCGAAAGAGGUAAUCAGGACAUGUCAAAAUCGGCUUUGGGUAUGUUCUUCAAGUGCAGUGAAAGAGGCUUCUUGUUUUUCUGGGCCAUUUAUAACUCCGAGACUUUUAAUCUUUUGCUGUUUUCACAUCUUUUCUUUUCUUCUACUUGUUGAUGUUGUAUCUGAAUCAUGUUUUCAGUAGUUAACUCCUCUCACCUUUUGCAUGUAAUUUAAGAAG